CAGCGAGCCUGCACUGAUGCAGACUUGCUAUUUAGGGGCUGAACGGUCCACUCAUCCUACCCACUCGGUGGUUUGGGACGGUCCUAAUGUCAUAGCUUAAUAUGGUGGUCCCUCCGCGUGAACGCGCGAACGAAGGGUUAGUGUCUAGGGUUAGUGUUAGUGUUUAGGGGGCCGGUUUGUCCUCGUUCUGAUUGGUGCCUGCCAUACGCGAAACCAAGGCAACGGCACAUAGGGGCGGGGCAAAGCAGUUGACAGCAUAAAGAAAACUUUGUCAGCGUAUUGCUCACAAAUUAGCCUUUUUCAGCGAUGUAAAUAAUGCGAAGCGGUACCUCGGAUAUCCACGACCAGAUGUAUUGUGCUGGAGACGAUAGAGAGACCUGUCAACGGUCCAGCUUGAUGGCGAGCAGCAGGAGUGCUCUGAAGGCACGAGUGCAACAGUUUGUGGAAGAGAGGAUGCAAACCACGAUGCUUACAGGUGUACUGAUUGGGGCGAUAGUUGCAGUCUCACUCAUUGGAAUUGUGGUGCUCUUCUUUUACAGAAAAUUUAAACUUGCUCGUGAACAGCAGCCGGGUGUGCCCCACUAUCGAUUUCGAAAGCGAGAUAAAGUGCUUUUUUAUGGAAGGAAGAUAAUGCGAAAGGUUCAAACGUUGUCCUCUACUCCUCCCUCUUCCUCAGUGUCAAAAACACCACAGCGCAUACGCAAACGAACCAAAGUUCUGAGCAUAGCUCGCAGAAUCCUGAGGAUUCGUAAAGACCCUCCAACUCUGCAGCAUAAGGAACCUCCUCCAUCUUUGCUGGAGGCAGAUCUAACAGAAUUUGAUGUGCAGAGCUCAAACCUUCCCUCAGAGGUCCUCUACAUGCUAAAAAAUGUUAGAGUCUUGGGUCAUUUUGAGAAGCCUCUGUUCCUGGAAUUGUGUCGUCAUAUGGUGUUUGUUGAGCUGCAAGAGGGGGAGGUACUUUUCAGACCAGGAGACGAUGAUGACAGUAUAUACGUGGUCCAGGACGGUCGACUUGAGCUCUGCGUUCAAGAGAAUGAUGGCACUGAGCCAGUGGUGAAGGAUGUCCACCCUGGAGACAGUGUCCACAGCCUGCUUAGCAUUCUGGACAUCAUCACUGGAUAUCCAGCUCCAUAUAAAACUGUAUCAGUAAGAGCUGCGACUCGCUCCACCAUCUUACGCUUGCCUGCUUCCGCCUUUGAGUCAGUUUUUAAGAAGUAUCCUGAGACACUGGUGCGGGUCAUUCAGAUAAUUAUGGUGCGACUCCAGAGGGUGACCUUUCUAGCGUUGCAUAACUAUCUGGGUCUAACAACUGAGCUCUUCAAUCCGGAGAGUCAGGCUGUUCCAUUGUCCAAUAUAAGCAGUGUUAUGGUGGAGGUAAAUUCUGGAAAAAUGCCACGUCGUCUCCACUUCCAAGAGGAGCUUCCAACAGGGACUGUUGAGACUACUUCAGAACCAGAAGCCCUUAAGGACAGCCCCCUGAACAACAGCAGGAGGCUGCGGUCAGUCUCUGCACCCACCGAUUGUACUGCAGGAAUUGACCUUAAUAUGGCUUGUGAACGUGCUCGUGUCACCAUAGAGGAGGUACCAUCCAGUCCUCUCGCUCAGAAAUCUACUCUGAGAAAGAAUGUAACUAUGCAGCAAACACCAUCUGAAGUGUUUCAUUAUACCGACAGCGGAGGGCAGUCUGAUGCCAUCAACAUUGGUAGGAGCAGCAUUGUCCUUCAAGCUGCUAAAAAGGACUUGCUGGGAGUUAUCCAGCUGCAGGACCCCAGUUUACUUGAUGGCAGAGUGACCCUUCACCAUGUGAAGGCUGGUUCUGUUGUGGCUCGUCAGGGAGACCAGGAAGUGAGCAUUCAGUUUGUGAUUUCCGGCCUGCUCCAUGUUUAUCAGCGAAUGAUUGACCGUGAGGAAGAUACACGUCUGUUUGUGACGCAUCCUGGAGAGCUGGUUGGUCAGCUCGCCGUCUUGACUGGAGAGCCGCUCAUAUUUACAGUUCGAGCCCAGCGAGACUGCAGCUUUCUCUCCAUUUCCAAAACCCACUUCUAUGAAAUAAUGCGCGUGGAACCAAAUGUAGUCCUGAACGUGGCUCACACCGUUUCCAGGCGGAUGUCAUCUUUCAUCAGACAGAUCGACUUUGCACUUGAUUGGAUGGCUGUUGAGGCUGGCAGGGCCGUUUACAGGCAGGGGGAAAAAUCAGACAGCACUUUUAUAGUGCUGAGUGGCCGACUCCGCUCUGUGAUCUUGAAAGAGGAUGGCAAAAAGGAGCUGAUAGGAGAGUAUGGCCGGGGAGACCUGAUUGGUGUGGUGGAGGCCUUGACCCACCAGAACAGAGCCACAACUGUUCACGCUGUUCGAGAUUCAGAACUCGCCAAGUUACCAGAGGGGGCGCUCAACUCCAUCAAGAGGAGGUUCCCUCAGGUUGUCACCAGGUUGAUCCAUUUGCUUGGUCAGAAGAUUCUUCAGCAGGUCAAUGUUCCUCUUUCAGCUCGUAGCUUGGCACUUCACACUCCAGGAAGCAAAUUGGAUGCAGGGAAUCAAGCCUCCAACCUCUCAACUGUUACGGUUCUUCCUGUAUCAGAAGAGGUGCCUUUGACUGCCUUCACCCUGGAGCUACAGCAUGCCCUCCUUGCUAUUGGACCAACUCUUCUGUUGACAAGUGAAAUUAUCAAACAAAGGCUUGGAGCUGCAGCACUGGAUAGUGUCCACGAGUACCGUCUUUCCAGCUGGCUGGGCCAACAAGAAGACAUCCAUCGCAUAGUUCUUUAUCAGACUGACUCCACAUUGACCCCGUGGACUCAGCGGUGCAUCCGUCAGGCUGACUGCAUCAUUAUUGUGGGACUAGGGGAGCAAGAUCCUGCUGUUGGGGAGCUGGAGCGCAUGUUAGAAGGAAGUGCAGUGCGGGCCCAGAAGCAGCUGGUGUUGUUACACCGAGAAGACGGCCCUCCUCCCCAAGGGACUGUGAACUGGCUGAAUAUGCGUAGCUGGAUCUCCAGGCACCUCCACCUCUCCUGUCCCAGAAGGGUCUUCUCUAAAAGGAGCCUUCCCAAGCUGCUAGAGCUGUACCAGCGUGUGUUUGAGAAGCCUGCAGACCGCCACUCUGACUUCUCACGUCUGGCUCGGGUUCUCACUGGUAAUGCUAUUGCUCUCGUCCUUGGAGGAGGAGGGGCCAGGGGUUGCUCGCAAGUGGGGAUUAUGAGAGCACUCUGUGAGGCCGGUAUCCCGGUGGACCUGAUUGGUGGGACUUCUAUUGGAGCCCUAAUGGGGGCUCUGUAUGCUGAGGACCGCAGCCUGAGCCGCAUGAGGAUUAGAGCCAGAGAAUGGGCAAUGGAAAUGACAUCAACAUUUAAGAAGGUUUUGGAUUUCACAUGUCCUGUGUCAUCCAUGUUUACGGGUGCUGGCUUCAACUCUAGCAUCAGCAACGUGUUUCAAAGCAAACAGAUUGAGGACCUUUGGAUCCCAUAUUUCAACAUUACCACAGAUAUCAGUGCUUCAGCCAUGAGGGUACACACUGAUGGUUCCCUGUGGCGGUACGUUCGAGCCAGCAUGUCUCUCUCAGGAUACCUGCCUCCUCUUUGUGAUCCCAAAGAUGGACACCUACUGAUGGAUGGAGGCUACAUCAACAAUCUGCCUGCGGAUGUGGCGCGCUCCAUGGGGGCCAAGGUGGUGAUAGCUAUUGAUGUGGGCAGCCGGGAUGAAACAAACCUCACUAAUUAUGGCGAUUCGCUCUCAGGCUGGUGGGUGCUAUGGAAACGCCUCAACCCCCUGGCAGAGAAAGUGAAGGUGCUGAAUAUGGCAGAGAUUCAGACGCGGCUGGCUUACGUAUGCUGCGUGAGGCACCUGGAGUCUGUUAAAAGCAGCGACUACUGCGAGUAUAUCAGGCCCCCAAUCGACAGAUAUCGGACCCUGGAGUUUGGAAAAUUUGAUGAGAUAGCUGAAGUGGGCUACCAGCAUGGUAAGACCGUGUUUGAUGUGUGGAGGCGGAGUGGCGUAGUGGAGAAAAUGAUGAAAGACCGGCACCAAGAGGAGACACACAACACCCAAUGCAAGAGCAAUGUGAUGACAUGUCCAAAUGCCUCCUUCACUGACCUUGCAGAAAUCGUGUCUCGGAUUGAGCCUGUCAAACCUGCGCUGGUGGAUGAGGAGUCAGACUAUCAGACUGACUAUGAAGAGGAGGCAUUGGAGAGUGCACUUUCUGACAUGGAGAUGUACAGUCACUACGGGGAGGAGACGGCUGACACGGAUGAGGAACAGGAGAGGAAAAGACUGACCCGUGGGCAGCCUUCAACCCUCUCCUCCAAUUCAUAGGAGCAACAAAAAUGUUCCAAACAAGCCAUUAAGGAAGCAGCAGUCUGAACAACACCCAAACAGGUCACAAAUAUUCCGCCGCAUUUUACCCUCCUCUGUCCCUCACAACUCCAACAUGUAAUUGUGUGCAAAAAACUGCUCUAACCUCUCCAACCUGUGGUAGAUGUGUUUCUGGGACUCAUUGCUAUUCACUAGUUUACCAGGCAGCUCCUAAACCAAUCUCUCAUAUUGAGAUAGUUGAUGUGACUUCUGAAAGCUUUAAGUAAAUCACAGCUUUUCAGUGGAAGGUAAGCAGACGGGUGACGACCCUAUUUCCAUGAAAUAGUCAUCACUAAGGCCAAGUUAAAAAAGUAAAUAAAAAAUCUUUCUUGAAACUGUGGACAUUUGAAGUAGUUAGGGAUUCCCAAGUCAGAGUUAUGUGUUUGUUAUUUUGUGCUUCCUUAUAGCUGUUUUUUUUGCACAAAUGUUGUCAAUUGUGAUUAUUCACUGGAAGUAUCCCCCUCUGUGGUAUUGCGCAGAAACAUAAACCUCAAAUAAGACAUUUUACAUAAAGAGUAGAGGGUGAAAGGAAAUAAAUAUAGUCAUUUUUUGCCUUCAUUUUUUUCUUUUCUUUCUUUUUCUUUAAGUAUAAACAGUUUCAGGUCUGUAUGUGUUUCAAAGUAAAGCAUCUAACCCUCUGAUCUGAGUGUCAUGGGCACCAGUUAGAUUUUUUAGGAUGCUUAAUGUAGCCAAAAACCUUUGGCUAUACAAGCUUUCAGCUGACCUUAUAUAAUUGUUACCAGGGUUCCC